AUGGACACCAACAAAGAUCUCCUCGCCAAAGCGCAGGAGUACUCGUCUAACAACGUCGACCUCUACGAGCUGCUGCAGAUCAGCACUACGAUAACCGAAGAGAAGGAGGUCAGGCGCGCGUGGCGUAAACAGUCGCUCAACUACCACCCGGACAAGCUCAAGGACGCAUUCGACCCCGAAAAAUGGGAGCUCAUCGAAACCGCGCGCGAUAUCCUCCUCGACGCCGCCGCCCGUGCCGCCUACGACAACGCCCGUAAGGCCGCCCUCCUGCGCAAGGCCGAGCGCGAUCGCGUCCAGGGACAGCGCAAGCGCCUGAUUGACGAGCUCGAGGCCGCGGAGCAGGAGGGGAAGAGGCAGAAGCUGGCUGAUGAGGAGCGCGCGCGAGAACUCGAACGGGAACGGGCGCGGCUUGCCGAGGAGGGACGCCGGCGCAUGGCCGAGGAGGCGGAGCGGUUCAAGAAGGAAACCCUUGAGCGUUUAGAGCGGGAGAGGGAACCCGACGAGUACGACGAGAAGCUGGCCGAGCUACAGAGGCGGCUGGACGAGAAGAAGAGACUCAAGGCCGAGAAGAAGGCGAGGAAGAAGGGCGGUGUGGCCGACGGCGCUGAUCCCGCCGCGGCGUCAGGCACCUCAAAUACCCCUGACCCCGUACCGGCGCCAGCGCCAAAGGCACCUGUCAAAUGGGAGGACCUCAAGGCUCGGAUGAGUGCAGCACAGAGACUCAAGGAGGUCAAGAAGGCCGCCGAGGCCGGCCUGGCUACGGAGGAAGAUGUGAAGCAAAAAUACGAGGCACUCAGGGCCCUGAACCCGAAUCGUGCAGGCUGA